CGGAGAGAGGGUACCUCACUGUUUACUCAAGCUCUUUGCCCAGCGGUCGCUGUAGCAGCGUCCAGUGGGUGGCGGGGCCGGCCGCGCGUCCCGCACCACCUAGCGGCUGAGCCCUGCGCCGGUAGGGGCCAGGCGCGGAUCGUGCGCGGGGCAGGCGCCGGACCACUCGGUCACUGGUGUGGGGCGCUGAGGAGGCGGACAGCGGGGCCGGCGGCCAUGAAGACGGAGAUCUCCACUGCCGCGGGCUUCAUCACCCGCCUGCUGCGCACCCCCGGCGGCAUCGGCGACGAGCAGCUGCGCUGCUUCAGCGAGUCACUGCAGGAGGCGCUGCGAGACCAUUAUAGACACCACUGGUUUCCCCUGAUGCCCUCCAAGGGCUCAGGGUACCGAUGCAUUAGGAUCAACCACAAGAUGGACCCCUUGAUAGGGAAGGCAGCCGGCAUGAUUGGACUGAGCCAUCAGAGACUCUUCCAGCUCUUACCCAGUGAAUUGACUCUUUGGGUUGACCCCUUUGAGGUGUCCUAUAGAAUAGGAGAAGAUGGGUCUAUCUGUGUCCUUUAUGAAAGCCCCCCACCGGGUCUGAAGACUGCCAAAGCUCUGGAGAGUAGAAACAGCUGUAAAGAGGAAUGGAGAAUUGGCAGAUCAAGCCCUUCCAAGAAUUACAACAUGAUGACAGUUUCUAGUUAAAAAUUAACAUUCCUUGUACAAUGAUGUAUGUAUGUAUCCCAGUUUCAUAAUGAAGUUAGAUGAUGUAAUUGAGAUGUUGAUUUUCACCCCAUAGCCAUUAAAGUUGUAGUUGUACUGCCAAGUUCUUCGUUGUGGCCAAGGGCUAAUGUAUAAGCAGUUCUUUAAACUGCAUGUAAUUUUCUGGAUUGUAUACUGUAAAUGAAAUGUACAGUCAGCUGAUUGUUCUACAGAUAUAUAUUUUGACAGAAUCCUUGGCUAUUUGUAAUAAAAAGAAAAGUUACUUAAUUCUCUCUUUACAAUGGCUUUUAGUUAAUAACUUUUUACAAGAUUCCUGUACUUAUUGAGUAACUUCUAGGAAAAAAACACAGCUCUAACCAACUGUAAUUAAAAAUCUCUCCAGUGACUUGCCUGUACAAACUUUUCUCAGGGUCAUAAAAAUACAGCUGGAAGGCACAAAUGACAAAUAUAACUUUCCUACUAACAUAUUUCAUGGUGAAGAAAUCCUAUCUUGCCCAAGCAGCUUUCAAAGAAGGAGUUACUUCCCUAUAAACUUAAAGACUAUCUUGGAGCAAACCAAUACGGUAGAGACGUGCUCAGACAAAUCUGUUCAUCCAACUUUCAGUACAAUACAUAAAAACUUUUAAUGAACAUAAGAUAUUUUUCAGAAAAGUGUAAGGUUCUUUCGUUAUGUCAGUUCACCUUGACUUGUUUUGUUCUGUAGCCAUUUUUUCCUUCCAGAACUGCUCGUAACAAAUUUUGAGCAAAUAGGAAGGUAGAAUACAUCUGACUUAGUAAAGGGCUUAUUUAUGCUUCUGGGUGUUUGGCUGUUAAAUUGGAAAAGUGAGUUUUCAGUUAGUCAUAGACAUCUUUAGUACAGAGUAAGAUAGUAUAUUCAUCUUAAACCAGAUGGAAAUUGUACAGUUGAAUGUAGUAAUGUCUCAUCUAUAUCCUAUUUUACAAGAAAUUACAAAUUUACAGUACUAAUUUUAAAACUUUCAUUUUAUGCCAUUUUAGUUGUUUUUUAAAGUUUUAAAUAUGAUCUACAGUACUUUAUCAAUUACAGAGUUUGAUGGAAGUAAUGAUUUUAAUAAAAAGUAGGCUAAUAGCCUGCCAAAUAGUCUGCUACAUGGGAGAUUUUGGUAUUAAUGCUUCACCAAAAGAUAGAGUGAAAUUGUUUGAUGUUGGGAGGAGUUUGUUUUUUAGUAGUCAUAAGCUAUACGUUUUAAUAGAACCUUUGAGGACUGCAUACAGCCAGUGUUCAUGUUUUCAGUAGCCCUGUACUAGAUCAUAAUUACGUGGUUAAUGAAAGAGAGCUUUGUCUACUGUCAGCAUGUCAGCAAUAAGCCUUGCAAAAUGUCUCAUUAACAUGGCAAAACAUGCAGUUGAUGGACAAGUCCAGGCAAGUUAGAAAUAGUCCUUGUAACUCAUCUGAAAAUAAUCCAUUUUUGUUUUGGAAAAGCUGGUGAGCUUUGUAACUGCUGGUUACAUCCUAAUUAACUAGGUGACAGUGGUUUUGUGUAACAGGAGCUAUUAAUCUGAACUGAAUGCAUAAUUGUUACAUUCUUUAAAAAAAAACCUUAAGUUUUUAAAAGUUAACAUACAGUAAAAUAACCGCUACGCUUCUAAUAUGUCACUCCUACCACACACACGUAACAAUCAGUUCUAAACAGAUGUUUAGUAGAAAGAGUAACUGAAAAAGAGAAAGUAGACUAAAGUUUCUAGAAGAAGAAUAUUUUUUGAAAGAUGGUACAGAUGCUGUAUUUUUGUUUCCUGAUUUAAAACUACAAAAUAUAGUUCCAUGGUUUAAAUUCUUAACUAGUCGUGCCUAGUUUUCAUUGAAUGGAAUUUUAGAAGACUCUCUCUCUCUCUCUCUCUCUCUCUCUCUCUCUCUCUCUCUCUCUCUCUCUCUCUCUCUCUCUGUGUAGUUUGUGGAUGAAAGUUGUGUUGGACUGUAGUAUAAUUGUCUUUCUUUUGCAUGGAACUGCAUAGCAAAGAAUUCGAAAGAAACAGAAUCGAGGCAGGGGAAAUAAAAGAACCAGUUUCAGUAACCUCUGGGUUCUUUCAGGGCAGUCUUGCAAAAGCUAGAAAAUUAUUAUUUCAAGCUAUGAAUUACUGGUUUGUGCUGCUUUUGGAAGAACACUUCUUUGGGUGCUAGCUAGAGAGCAGCAGGUACAUUAGCUCUUUAGGACACUGGGUGCUAUGAAAACUGCAGAGACAGUUCCCUGGCUGUGGUUUGACAUGUAGACAGAGUAUUUAAAAGAUGGAAAUGGCAGGCUUCAUCAAAAUGUUUCUCUUGCAUGUUGCCUUCUGUGAAAUUCUAAAGUGGAAGGGUGGAGAUAUACCUUAAUGAAUCCAGUCAUUACAUGUUUUGUUUGCUUGAUGAAACAAACCAUCUUAGCAAGUGCUUAUAGAAAAAAUCUGCUUUGGUACCAGGCUAUUGUAAUUUUUUUAAGGAGCACACUUUGCCAUUUGAAUUCCAAGUGAAGUAUGUUCACGUGGCUGGUGUAACAUGAAAAAGGUAUUUUAUACUUUUUAAAUUGUAACUGAUAUGUUCACAUAGUAAUAGGAAAAACAAAGUUAGUACUGCAUACAUUUUCAUAAAGAUAUAUCUUGCAUCAAGAAUCACAACAUCCUUUACAAAUAUGACACUGAUACUUAACUGCUGAAAUGCCAUUAUUCUUGAGUGCAAUAUGACAGUUGUUCAAUUUCAUAUAUCUAUGCUACACAUUGUAAGACUUCAUCUUAUUCUGCUGACUGGAAGGUGAAGUUAGGGAGCCAGGAUGGACUUUGGCUAAGAUAUUUGGGUUUACACCUCAUCUCCUUUGAAGAGCCGCAGCAUUUUUUUUCAAUGCCAAUUGAUGGCACUUCUCAUAGCAUAAUGCUCUCGUCGCUAUACUGGGGCAUUGGUUCAUUACUCAUUCACAGGAAGUAGGUAUGCUAGACUUUCCCCCAUCCACUAACAUUACCUGCAGGUGGGAGUCCCUAGGGUAGUCAGGGCACUGGCAGUACAGGGUGGAUAAAAAUAAAUGAUUUUUUUUUUUUUAGAAAAUAAAAUCGGGUUUUUUUAUUUAAAUUGGCUUUUUUUGAUAGGUGUUUUCCUCAAAAAGCAUUUUAUCUAAAGAUAGAUACAUUAUAGCUCAAAGACAUCUCGUCAUAGAAUAGGGAUUAUAAAUUCUAAUUCUAUAGCAUGAGACAAUAUAUUCAUGUAAUGUUUAAGAAAAGUUUUGGAAAUGAGUUCCAAUAGUUCAUGGAUUAGGGACCCAAUCUUAUGAGGUUCCAAGGGCUUCUGUAUAGAUUAUUUAGGUUAAUCUUUCUAUUUACCCAAUGGGACUCAGUGCUCAGUCUAGAAGAUACCAUCAGAGAUGCUUAGUUUUGCAGUUCUCAAACUGUGGAUUUGUGUCUCCAAAGAUAACACGCUUGCUAGCAGCAAAAAUGUUUUUAAAUAAAUAAAUAAUAUAUGGAGGUGAGAAAUAACAGACCUCAACCCAGUUGUCCCUCUGUAAAUUUCUGUACACAGAGUCAAUCCCUUACCUCUCUCUGAAAGUGCAAAGUUUCAAAAAGUUCAAUGAAAAGAAGAUUGUUGGGAGCGGAAUAAAUCUGGACAAGGAAAAGAAGUCUGGAGAUAAAUGUGAGAAGGGAGGAACAGGCAGUAGGAACAAAAAAGUGAAACUGUUUGAGCAGCAUAUUUCAGAAGUCUUGAGGUCUUUCUGAGUGUAGCCUUCAUUGAUUUGAGAUCUAUCGUACCAUUGUCUCACUAGAAGGGAAAACCUAUAAUGGCAGCAGGCCGUAAAAGAGACCUAGUUUAAUUAAGUUCCUCUACCUGUGGGUAAGACAGGCAUGUGUGUAAAAUGCAAACAGUACAUCAAAGAAAUCCAAGGCCUGGUCAUCCGAUUGAAACAACAUCGUGAGAAGUGUUCCUUCUCAGGAGGAAGCUGCAUUGAAGAUGAUGAAAGGAACAUGUCUGAACACGCAGGAUCUUCAGGAGAAUCCAUCCUCAACAUACAGGAUUCUGAAGACUAUCCACCUUCAAGAUCACCAUCAUUUUCUAUAGUUCCAGAAUUAUCUGCCAAUGAUAGUGUUUCAGUCACAUAAUGUAUGUCAUAUAGCCACAAUAUAUCA